GUCCCGUAAUCAGCUGACUUGAGAGGAUCUGCAAAUAUCCCGAGUGGAGUAAUCAAGACGAAUUAGACUACCGAUGACCUACACUGACCGAGUACUUCAUCAAUACUGUUCCCUAGAAAAGUUUAAUGGUGCAGUAUAACCUGUCAUAGGUCAACAGAGAAAAUGUCAGGAAACAGCCUGGUUUUACCCAUAGUGCUGUGGGGCCGGACGGCGCCCACUCACUGCAUCUCCAGCCUGCUGGUCAUGGAUGACCUCGCCACCAUCAUCACCGGCUGCCACGAUGGACAGAUCUGCAUUUGGGACAUGACCUCUGACCUCGAGAUCAGUCCCAGGGCCAUGUUGUUCGGUCACACAGCCUCCAUCACCUGCCUGUCUAAAGCCAGCCCCUGCAGUGACAAGCAGUACAUCGUCAGCGCCUCAGAGAGUGGGGAGAUGUGCUUGUGGGAUGUCAACGAUGGACGCUGUAUUGAGUUCACUAAGCUGGCCUGCGCUCACACCGGGAUCCAGUUCUACCAGUUCACCAUCGGUACGCAGCGUGAGGGUCGUCUGCUGUGUAAUGGACAUUACCCAGAGAUCCUAGUGGUGGACGCCACCAGCCUGGAGGUCCUCUACUCCCUCGUCUCUAAGAUCUCUCCUGAUUGGAUCAGCUCCAUGAGCAUCAUACACUCACAUCGCACACAAGAGGACACAGUGGUAGCAGUAUCGGUCACUGGGAUACUGAAGGUGUGGAUCAUCACUCAGGAUGUCAACAGGAUGCAGGAUAUGGAUCCAGUGUUUGAGGAGGAGUCUAAGCCCAUCUACUGUGGGGGCUGUCAGAGCAUCUCCUUCUGCACCUUCACACAGCUCUCUCUGCUGGUGGUCUGCUCCAAGUACUGGAGGGUGUUUGAUGCGGGGGACUAUUCCUUGCUGUGCUCAGUGCCCAGUGAGAACGACCAGUCCUGGACCGGAGGAGACUUCAUCGCCGCUGACAAGAUCAUCAUCUGGACCGAGGACGGAUGCUCCUACAUCUACAAGCUCCCCGCCAGCUGCCUGCCUGCCAGUGAACACUUCCGUACUGAUGUAGGAAAGACUGCAGAAGGCUCCAUCCCACCUCUGGUGUACAGCAUCGCGGACCGCACAGACAAACAGCUCCUCAUCUGUCCCCCGGUGACACGGUUCUUCUACGGCCGUCGGGAGCCCUUCCACAAGCUGCUGGUCCAGGGAGAUUCAGCCGGACGCCUCACCCUCUGGAGCAUCCCAGACACCUCGCCCCUGCAGCCCCUCUCCACCGCAGCAGAGCUCCAGGUGUCCUCCACAAUCUCCCUCCAGGAGGCCUUUGACAAGCUGGCUCCCCUGUCGGCGGGCAUCAUAGACCAGCUGAGUGUGACGCCCGGGUCGGAGGAGCCCAUCAAGGUGACGGCCAGCGUCUACAUCCCCUCCCAGGGCAGGCUGGUGUGUGGCAGAGAGGACGGAAGUAUCAUCCUGGUCCCCGCCACACAGACCGCCAUCGUACAGCUGCUGCAGGGAGAACACAUGCUGCGGAGAGGCUGGCCCCCUCACCGCACCCUGCGGGGUCACCGUAACAAAGUGACGUGCCUGCUGUACCCCCACCAGGUGUCCCCUCGCUACGACCAGCGCUCCCUGGUCUCCGGCGGUGUGGACUUCAGCGUCAUCGUCUGGGACAUCUUCACUGGGGAGAUGAAGCACGUCUUCUGUGUCCACGGGGGAGAGAUCACACAGAUCCUGGUCCCGCCUGAGAACUGCAGCAAUCGUGUUCAGCACUGUGUGUGCUCUGUGGCCAGUGACCACUCUGUGGGUCUGCUCAGCCUGCGGGAGAGGAAGUGCAUCAUGCUGGCGUCUCGACACCUCUUCCCCAUCCAGGCCAUCAAGUGGCGGCCCUGUGAUGACUACCUGGUGGUGGGCUGCUCUGAUGGCUCAGUGUAUGUGUGGCAGAUGGACACAGGUGCGUUGGACCGUUGCGUGAUGGGCAUCACGGCUGUAGAGAUCCUGAAUGCGUGUGACGAGGUGGUGCCGGCCGCUGUGGACGCUCUAAGCCACCCUGCGGUCAACCUGAAACAGGCCAUGACACGACGCAGCCUGGCCGCGCUCAAGAACAUGGCCACGCACAAACUACAGACCCUGGCUACCAACCUACUGGCUGCAGACAACGCAGACAAGGGCAACCUGCAGAAGUACUCCAACAACAGUCUGGUGGUGCAGGCCAUGAAGACCAAUCUGACAGACCCUGACAUGCAUGUCCUGUUCUUUGACGUGGAGUCGGUGAUCAUCCAGCUGCUGACGGAGGAGGCCCAGCGGCCCAACCCCACCCUGGUCUCCCCGGAGACCCUCCAGAAGGCCCAGGGAGCAGCUGACAAAGGAGGGUCCUUCCUCGCCAACAAGAUCUUCAAACAGGUGAAGGAGACUAUGAAGGAGACCAUUAAGGAGCACCUCCUGGAUGAAGACGAGGAGGAAGAGGAGGAGAUGAGGAGACGCGAGGAGAAGUCUAAGUCUCUGUCGCUGUUGGAGUAUAACCUGACUAUGGACACGGCCAAACUGUUCAUGUCCUGUCUCCACGCCUGGGGCCUCAACGGACCACUGGACGAGGUGUGUCUGAGCAGACUGGGCAUGCUCAAACCCCACUGCCCCAUCUCCUUCGGUCUCAUAUCCCGCGGAGGUCAUAUGUCUCUCAUGCUGCCCACCUUCAAGGAGUCCCUGCUGCGUCAGAUGGCCCUGUCCACGGGCAGGAAGUUGUCCCUGUCAGAGAUGGUGGGUAAAGGGACAUACGGAGUGUCCCGGGCCGUGACUACCCAGCACCUGCUCUCUGUCAUCUCAUUGGCUAACACCCUGAUGGGCAUGACCAAUGCCACCUUCGUGGGAGAACAUAUGAAGAAGGCACCCGUCAGGCCUCCUAGACCCGGGACCCCCGAGACCCCCAAAAAGACUGCAGCACCCCCCCAGGUGUCUAGUCCGGCCGUGCAGGGACAGAUCAAACAAGCCGCUGCUGUUGCUGCUACUACCAGUACUACCAGUCCUGGCAUUGGGGCUUUUCCCCCAGGUCCAGCUGCUUUCCAUUGUCCCUCAGUCAACGAAGGUUGGAGCCAGCUGGCUGCUAUGCACUGUGUGAUGCUGCCUGACCUGCUGGGCCUGGACAAGUUCAGACCACCUCUUCUGGAGAUGUUGGCGCGCCGCUGGCAGGACCGCUGUCUGGAGGUGAGAGAAGCGGCCCAGGCCCUGCUCCUGGCUGAGCUGCGGAGGAUUGGUCAGUCCGGCAGGAAGGACACCAUCGACCUGUGGGCCCCCUACCUGCCCCAGUACGUGGAUCAAGUCAGCUCACCGGGAACCUCCGCCGACGCCGCCGUGCCGUCCCCACCCCUCCCCGAUACCCUUCCUGUGGAAACACAGCUCCCCACUGCCGAAGAGAUGGAAGUCACGGACGAUGACAUCAUAGCAGGCUGUCUGUCCAACCUGCCUCCCAACACCAAGAAGAUCUGCAACUCGUACGAAGAGCGUCGUAAGCAGGCCACCGCCAUCGUCCUGCUGGGGGUCAUCGGGGCGGAGUUCGGGGCGGAGCUGGAACCCCCUAAGCUGCCGUCUCGUGCCAGGACCAGUGGACAGGCUCCAGAAGGUUUUGGACUGACGACUGGAGGAUCCAACUACUCUCUGGCCAGACACACCUGUAAGGCCCUGACGUUCCUCCUCCUGCAACCCCCCAGCCCCAAGAUGCCCCCCCACAGCACCAUCCGCCGUACAGCCAUAGACCUGAUUGGUCGAGGCUUCACCGUGUGGGAGCCUUAUAUGGACGUGUCCGCUGUUCUCAUGGGACUACUGGAGCUGUGUGCUGACGCAGAGAAACAGCUGGCCAACAUCACAAUGGGCCUGCCCCUCAACCCAGCAGCCGACUCGGCCCGCUCUGCACGCCAUGCUCUCUCUCUCAUCGCCACAGCCAGACCACCGGCAUUCAUCACAACCAUCGCCAGAGAGGUUCACAGACACACAGCCAUGCAGGCUAACUCCCAGUCGCAGCAGAAUGUCCACACCACCUCUCUGGGCCGAGCCAAGACAGAGAUCAUCAGGGUCAUAGAUAUCCUCAUUGAGAAGAUGCCGACUGACGUCGUGGACCUGCUGGUCGAGGUAAUGGACAUCAUCAUGUACUGCAUCGAAGGCUCUCUGGUGAAGAAGAAAGGCCUCAAUGAGUGUUUCCCUGCUAUUUGCAAGUUCUACAUGGUGGGAUACUGCGACCGGAGUCACCGUAUUGCCGUGGGCGCCCGCCAGGGUUCAGUGGCCCUUUAUGAUGUUCGCACGGGCAAGUGCCAGAACAUCCAUGGUCAUAAGGGUCCUAUCACAGCAGUGUCGUUUGCUCCUGACGGGAGGUACCUGGCCACCUACUCUAACGCGGACAGCCACAUCUCCUUCUGGCAGAUGAAUACGUCUCUGCUGGGCAGUAUUGGCAUGCUAAACUCUACUCCUCAGCUGAAGUGCAUCAAGACCUACCAGGUCCCCCCGGUACAGCCUGCCUCUCCUGGCUCUCAGAACGCCCUGAAGCUGGCCCGUCUCAUCUGGACCUCUAACCGGAACGUCAUCCUCAUGGCCCACGACGGCAAGGAGCACCGCUUCAUGGUCUGAGGCGGGUCAGGGGACGAGGUCACUGGGGGUUAGAGGUUAAACGGUCACCACCAGGAGGGAUGGGUGGGGGGGGGGGUGGGCCAACUAACUCACCACAACCAGGAAGUGAUUGAGAUGAGAAGGCUUUGCAUCAAUCGUUUACAUUGAUUACUAUUACUGCUAUUUUCCUGUUGUUUACACUGUUUAUUCCUCCACUUUAUCUAAUUGCUGUUGUUCCUCUCCUCCCCAGACGUUUCCUUUCCUCUGUUAUUUAAAGUGAAACACCGCUAGUGUUGCUGUCUAGUCUGGUCUUUUCAAAUCCCACCAGGAGGGAGGAGGGGGGGGGGGUCGGUCAACUAAUCCCUUGGUGUGAUGGUUUCAAUUGUAUUACGUGUGAUAGAGAGGUCAGGUGUGGACCUGCACUGAGAGGUGGGGGAAAAAAAAAAAAAAAAAAAAGUAUGUGUGGGUUACGCUUUCAUCUUAACUGCACCAAUCAUCGCAGGUUGCCCCUGCUCACCUCUACGGCAACUGUACACCUUUAAACAAGAACACUUUACCAAACCGUUUUCUCCUACCCUCCGUAUAUAGCAUCCCCAACGAGAGGGAAAACGUGUUCAAAUCGUAUCACUAUUCGGUCCAAGAGGAAAGACCAUUAUCAUAUGAAGAAUAUAUAUCACUAUAAAGGCGUUAUUAUUGGUUGCUGCUCGUUAGCCUUUUACUACGUACCUCUUAUCUAUUUUCUCCGUUGGAUAUUGACUAGAAUAAUGUGUCAGGCUAAGAUACUCAUAUUAAUAUGUACAUUGACAGCCACGGCGUAGCUAAGACGAAAACCUUAGCCCUGAUCCUCUUAUUGUAGAUAUACUAGGUUCUGAGAGUACGUACAAGAUACUAGGUUCUGAGAGUACGUACAAGAUACUAGGUUCUGAGAGUACAUACAAGAUACUAGGUUCUGAGAGUACAUACAAGAUACUAGGUUCUGAGAGUACGUACAAGAUACUAGGUUCUGAGAGUACAUACAGAUACUAGGUUCUGAGAGUACAUACAGAUACUAGGUUCUGAGAGUACGUACAAGAUACUAGGUUCUGAGAGUACAUACAGAUACUAGGUUCUGAGAGUACAUAGAUAUACUAGGUUCUGAGAGUACAAACAGAUACUAGGUUCUGAGAGUACGUAGAUAUACUAGGUUCUGAGAGUACAAACAGAUACUAAGUUGUGAGAGUAUAUACAGAUACUAGGUUGUGAGAGUAUAUACAGAUACUAAGUUGUGAGAGUACAGACAGAUACUAGGUUGUGAGAGUAUAUACAGAUACUAGGUUGUGAGAGUAUAUACAGAUACUAAGUUGUGAGAACACAGACAGAUACUAGGUUGUGAGAAUAUAUACAGAUACUAGGUUGUGAGAGUAUAUACAGAUACUAGGUUGUGAGAGUAUAUACAGAUACUAAGUUGUGAGAACACAGACAGAUACUAGGUUGUGAGAGUAUAUACAGAUACUAAGUUGUGAGAACACAGACAGAUACUAGGUUGUGAGAGUAUAUACAGAUACUAGGUUGUGAGAGUAUAUACAGAUACUACUGUAGUUUCUGAGAGUAUAUACAGAUACUAUUGUAGGUUCUGAGAGUAUAUACAGAUACUACUGUAGUUUCUGAGAGUAUAUACAGAUACUACUGUAGUUUCUGAGAGUAUAUACAGAUACUACUGUAGUUUCUGAGAGUAUAUACAGAGAUACUACUGUAGUUUCUGAGAGUAUGGAUAUAUUUUAGAGAGACUUUACAUUGACUAUAUCUCCCUGGAAUGUGUGCAGACGCUAUUAUUUUCUUCUUGUUUUCAACCCCUGGCCGGCAGCAGGCUGCGAGUGUUUUUAGGGUCCCUGUGAGUUCCCUACUCUGCCUGCGCUGCCUGCUCCACUUUUCUCCACCUCAUCGCCGCUCCUGUCAAGUUCCUAUCAUUAGCCGUGUAAAAGCUUCUAACGCCAGAGAACACCUGCAAGCCCAAGCGUGUCAAAGCUUUUCACAAGUUCUCUCCGCAAAAAAGUACACCACCCCCCCCCCCCCACCAUCUUGUCAGACUGCUUUUGAUGGCCUUGACUUGACUUCCCUCCAAACUUGGAAGAUCUUAAUCUCUUUUCUCCACUGCCCACAGUAAUAGCUUCUGAAAAUGUGUUUUUCUUUUUGGCAGUUUUUUGGCAGUUUCUCUGAGCAAGAAAAAAAAAACCAUUGAGAUGGAAAGAGUCAAGUAGAGAAAAGUAAGUGAGAAAGACCUGAGGCUAGAGGUGACUGGCAGGAGGGUUUCAUCUCAUUUUACUUCCAGGCUUUUUAAAUUAUGUUUUGUAAUUCUUUUGAUUGAGAUGAAUGGAACCAUAGGAGUAUCAGUGGGUCUUAACACACAACCUUGAGGUACUCCUUUGUUAUAGUACGUCUGUUUAAAAAACAGAGCUCUCUCAGUGGUAUUUUAUUCCUGCACCGGAGCAGUUGUCUGAGGUGUCGAAAGACGUCAUCCAUUGGCUGGUAACUGACCUGUCAGAGUGACAAACUACCGGUCAAAUGUUUUAUAACACCUCACUCAUUCAAAGGUUUUUAUUUAAAAAAAAACUAUUUUCUAUGUUUUAGAAUAAUAGUGAAGACAUCAUAACUAUGAAAUAAUACACAUGGAAUCAUGUAGUAACCAAAAAAGUGUUAAACAAUAUUUUAUUGUUGAUGACAGCUUUGCAUACACUUGGCAUUCUCUCAACCAGCUUCACCUGGAAUGCUUUUUCAAAAGUCUUGAAGGGGUUCCCACAUAUGCUGAGCACUUGUUGGCUGCUUUUCCUUCUCUCUGCGAUCCGACUCAUCCCAAAUCGUCUCAAUUUGUUUGAGGUCGGGGGAUUGUUGAGGCCAGGUCAUCCGUCACGCUCCUUGGUAAAACAGCCCUUACACAGCCUGGAGGUGUGUUGAAAGUCCCACCACACCCAAACCAGAUGGGAUGGCGUAUUGCUGCAGAAUGCUGUGGUAGGCAUGCUGGUUAAGUGUGCCUUGAAUUCUAAAUAAAUCCCAUCACCAAUUUUGACUCCAGACCAAAGGACAGAUUUCCACCGGUCUAAUGUCCAUUGCUCAUGUUUCGUGACCCAAGCAAGUCUCUUCUUCUUAUUGGUGUCCUUUAGUAGUUGUUUCUUUGCAGCAAUUCAACCAUGAAGGCCUGAUUAACACAGUCUCCACUGAACAGUUGAUGUUGAGAUGUGUCUGUUACUUGAACUCUGUGAAGCAUUUACUUGGGCUGCAAUUUCUGAGGCUGGUAACUCUAAUGAACUGAUCCUCUGCAGCAGAGGUAACUCUGGGUCUUCCAUUCCUGUGGCGGUCCUCAUGAGAACCACUUUCAUCACAGCGCUUGAUGGUUUUUGUGACUGCACCUGAAGAAUCUUCUGUAUACCAUCCCUACGUUGUCACAACACAACUGAUUGGCUCAAACGCAUUAAGAAGGAAAGAAAUGCCACAAAUUAACUUUUAAGAAGGCGCACACCUGUUAAUUGAAAAUGCAUUCCAGGUGACUCCCUCAUAAAGCUGGUUGAGAGAAUGCCAAGAGUAUACAAAGCUGUCAUCAAGCCAAAGGGUGACUUUUUGAAGCAUCUCAAAUAUAAAAUAUAUUUUGAUUUGUUUAACACUUCUUUUUGGUUACUACAUGAUUCCAUAUGUGUUAUUUCAUAGUUUUGAUGUCUUCACUACUAUUCUACAAUGUAGAAAAUAGUAAAAAUAAAGAAAAAACCCUUGAAUGAGCAGGUGCGUCCAAACUUUUGAUCGGUAGUGUUUUGAAACACAUUCCAUCUCAAGAAGACUGGAACACUUGGCUCUCGCUGUGAUUGGCUGCGGUUCAGGUGUAGUGUGAAGUUGGGGCAGAAUCUUGGGGCAGUUUUGCGUUUCCCUUACUUAAUGGCUACGGUUGGAAGAGGGCAAGCUGAUGGAGAAGCUGAGUGUUCUCCAACUCCUGCUCCUUUAAUGGUCUUCCUGUCUGGAGGCUGCUUGCUACAUACUUGCCUUGGCUAAUGAAUUCCCACCAAUACACUGUUAGUGCACAUGGAGCACUGUCUGUCAUGGUGUGUGUAUUGGAGAGCACGACCACCUCUUUAUUUGGAUUAGGGUAUGUCUGUAUAGAGAAGGUCGUGAGGCUUUCUUCCCUCUCUUCGGAUCUCUUGCUCUUCCUCCUUUCCUCCCCUCCUUGAGCCACAGCCAGUCUCUGUCAUUAGGCUGAACCACAGAGACAGACAGGACCCAGCCCCAAGCUUGGCCCCCAGCCACAGCAGCAUGGAGUACACCAGGUAGACUGGAAACCACGUUCAAUGGGGAUAGCUGCUGGGCUCCCAGUCUGUCUGUCUGCCUGUCUGCCUGUCUGUCUGCCUGUCUGUCUGCCUGCCUGUCUGCCUGUCUGCCUGUCUGUCUGCCUGUCUGCUGCAGCCUCAUUUCCUGAGCAGUAGAGGAGACCCAACCCAGCAACAAAACUAUCCUCACCUAGUCCUGUGGAUAUCAAGGAGUGAAAUCUGGCUUUUUGUGUUUUGUGUUUUGACUGAGUGACAAAGAUGUUUUACAUUGUUGUUUUAAUAAAGAGGACCAAGUUUUUUUUGUGUGACUUUUUUUUUACUUUUUAUUUAUUUAAUUUAUUUUUUUUGCUUGGCUGAAAUGUUUCUCCAAUAUAGAUUUUAAAAGCUGAAACAAAAAGUUUGACACGUGAAGUUUAUGUUACUCCUCAGUUUUGAUGAAGAUGAAAUGUAGCUUCCUGUUUUCUUUCCUAAAUGUCAACAACAUUCUGUGAAAUUUCUCCCUGCUUGCAUGAAUGAAAUCUUUUACAAUCCAAUUCUUAAUUUAUUUUUGAAUUAAUGAAUUCUAUCGCUCUUUUUUUUUUGUUUUUUUUUUUGAAUAUAUCUAUAUCUCUUUUCAGUUCUGCUAUAGCUCAACUGCAGCUAGGACCAAUACAGACCUACCCUACCUCUCUCUCUCUUUCUCUCUCUCUCUCUCUCUCUCUCUCUCUUCUCUACACUCCCUCUGUGCUGAAACACAAACUGGCGCUCCUGCUUUAAGUAUCCUAUCGAUCUGUCAGCGCUGCGUCUCCUCUUAAAUAGAGAGACGUAAAAAAGGACUUCAACGUCCGUUUAUUGGAUAGGCUGUAACAUCAUCUAGUGUGUUGCCAGUGAGAUGGUGAUGAAGAUCAUGAUGAUGGGGGUGGUGAUGAAGAUCAUGAUGAUGGGGGGGGUGAUGAAAAUCAUGACGAUGGGGGUGCUGAUGAAGAUCACGAUGAUGGUGGUGGUGAUGAUGAUGGGGGGGUGAUGAAGGUGAUGAUGAUAUUGAUCUAUCUUCCCUACUGUCUCUGUGUUGUAGUUUGGCUCUGAAGGUGCUCUGUGACUGUACCUGUACCUGUCCUGUUCCUGCCGUGUGCUUUCGAUCGUUCACCUAAUAAUAUAUUAUAUUGAUGAAGACGUACUGUAAUGUCUGUGUUUAAAAAAUAUAAAAAAAUUGUGUUUGGCUUCUGUGUUCAAUAAAAAUAUGUCUGGAUCGUGA